AUGUCUUUCUCUCUCUCUCCCUCUCUCUCUCUCUCUCUUUCUCUCUCUCUCUCUCUCUCUCUGUGUCACCGUUUACUCUCAUACUUUACUACUCACUCUCUCUGUCUCUCUGUCAAUCUCUACACACACUUCACUACUUAUACAAUUACUACUUUCUCUGUCUCUCUUUCUCCCUCUGUUUCUGUCUCUGUCUCUGUCUGUCUGUCUGUAUCUCUCUCUCUCUCUCUCUCUGUCACCUUCUUUCUAAUGGUAGUUCUCCUCCUCCUUCUCCUCCUGCACUUUAUUUCCCUUCUUUUUCUAUCCCGCCUCUGCUUAAGCCCUCCUCCUUUUUCUUUCCCAAUCUCUCUUUCUCUCUUGCUUUCGACUCGUCAACAGGAAAUUUAUAUUCAUGUCACAUUUUCUUUCGAGCACAUCUCUCUCUCUCUCUCUCUCUCCCUCUCUCUUUCACUCACUUAUGCUCGAGUAUAG